AUGGGUUGUUUCUCUUCUAGACAUAUUGAUCCACGAAUGAUUUCUGAACCUGUACCUAUUCCAUCUCAAUCUCACCAACCAUAUCCUUCAACAUACCAUCGCCAACGGCAUCAUGCCUACCCACCUUCCCCUGCUAGAUACGACCACGAUACACCACCUCAACUUCGUCCUUAUCAAUUCCCGACCCAAUCGUUCGAACCUAGAGGUCUGCCUCCAGGUCAUCCUUUCGCUAAUCCCUAUUCCAAAUAUAUGCCGUGA